AGUGAUAUGUGCGCAGCCAGUAGCAACUCUAUUGCCCAAUAAUGUGAGCAGGGAGGCGUCUUUACAGUAAGCCGGGCCUGUAAAUCUCCUCCCCCGCCGCUAGUACUCUUGGUGCAACCUCCGGGCCGGGCUGCUGGGAGCUCAGGAGCUCGGGAUGUCGGCGUGUUGCCCGCCACGGUACCGGCUGCUGGACUUGGUGUUCGCACUGUUAGGGACAUUGACUUUCCUGCUGGACCUGGGCUCCGAUGUGUGGGGGGCGCUGCAGUACUACAGAGACGGGCAUGUGGCCUGGGCCGCUCUGCUACUCGGCUUCUAUGGGAUGGCCUCGCUCCUCCUGCAGAUCCACAGCUGGGGCUGGUUCUGGGCCGAUAGGCGCAGUGGCGACAUUUGGGAACUUCCCUGCGAUUCCAAAUUGGGGGGCCCUAGUGAGCCGGAGACAGCCCGAAGUGGAUGUACUUGGACUGGUGCUGACACGGGUCCGGCUCAGCCGAACGCACAGGAAAGUCCUAGUUGUGGGUACAGUGUCUCAGUCACGGAGCCGGACACUCAGUGGGCGGGAAAUGGGCACACGGGGAUGGAGAACCGUGGGGAAAACAAACUGAGUCCUAACACGCCUUGUCCAGAGAAUGGUUGUCAAAGUGUCGCCGUCACAAGGGCUCCCCUAUUAGCGGAUGAGACCACCAAGCUCACUAUUCCAGGGAAGUUCAUCGCCUUUUAUCAUUUGUCUAUGACGGCAAAUGAGUGUUUAUGUGGCUGCCAACAACACCACAAUCUGAUCGCUCCGCCGAGUGCGGAUGAGUGCGCGACAGAUAAAGAGGAGAGAUGCCCAGAGGUUAUUCAUAAACACACCGGGGAUUCUGAGCAACUUCUGCAGCACUUUUACACGUCUCGACAUCUCUUCAGCCCUCCAUGCCUUGCCCUCCUGCACCUGCUCCAGCUCGGCUACCCCCUCAGGUGCAUCCAUUCUCUGGAGGUGGGGGCAACCGCAUUCAGAAGCAGCGAGAACAAUCCAGUUUAUGAGAAUUAUCAGCAGUACGCCUACUUCCUUACUCACGAUAUCAGCAUGAUGAGGCUUAUGGAGACCUUUUUGGAGAACACUCCUCAAUUAAUUUUGAUUCUUUAUAUUGUCUUAGUCAGAGGCACAAUAUACCCUUUCCAGUAUUUCAGCAUUUCCAUGUCAUUUAUCUCCAUAAGCUGGGCCAUUUUGGACUACCACCAGUCAUUAAGGCACUACUUAAAAGAGAAGCAAAGUAUGUCCAUCCUGUCCUCAGUCAUCUACUUUCUAUGGAACUUGCUUCUCAUCUUCUGCCGGAUAGUUUGCAUCACCCUGUUUAUUUCAGUCUUUCAUGAGUGGGUGGCUUUGCACUUUUUGCUGCUGUGGAUAGCUUUCUUUUUGUGGGUGACCUGGCAAAGGACAGACUUCAUGCAGAACAGGAUAUUGGAACAGUUCUACAGGGCUACGGUGUCAGUUAUAUUGUACUUCUCCUGGUUUAAUAUUGCUGAUGGGAGAACAUUAUAUCGAUGCAUUUUCUACUAUUGCUUUAUCAUUACUGAUUCUGCGAUAUUGUUCACAUCUUGGAUGAGUUUGAAGUUCCCAUCUAUUUUAGAUGGAUAUGAAACAUGUCUUCUGUGUGUGCUGGCAGUUGCUUUGCUUGUAGGUCUCCUGUUGAGAGUAUUGUAUUAUAUGUACCUCCACCCCAACAUACAGAAGGAGAAGAAGGAGAUGUAUGAUGAACCAGAUGGAAGAAUGAGUGAUGCAAAUGGCUACCGACUUCUAAAGAGUAAACCUGCAAUGCUGAAGAAUCCCAGAAUUGUCCAUUUAUCUAGACAUCUAUAUUGAGGGCCAUGGUUGUAGUAUAAAUUCUGCUGCUUCUACACAGGAUGACUGGAGUGAAAUUGCUCUUGACGAUGCAGACACAAACAACUGCAGAUAAGCUGUGUAGUUUUAUUGGGAUGUGUACAUUCAAACUAACUAAGAACCCUGCAGCUUGUCAAGGCCUUUAAAACACUUUUCAGCUUCACAACAGGCUCUAUGUAGAGCAAGGGGUGCCCAAAAGUUAGAUCGGGAUCUAUCAACAGACCUUUAGCUGGUGAUCAGUAGAUCUCAAGACUCUGUCCACAAUCAGCUUGUCUAAAUCACACUCCUGUUUCAUGCUUUUUAUUCAGA